AUGCUCCAUAAGAUAGAAGAAAGGCUUCUCUCUUACCAUAAGCCGUCUAAAAGAGAAGUCCGCUACAUCUGCAGCCGCGUUGUCGAUCUUUUGGCUUUAGAGGAGAAUAUUGUUCCAAUUGAAGCUCCCGUGGUGGUUUGUGGGGAUAUCCACGGGCAAUAUGAUGAUCUCUUAACUAUCUUUAAGAUGCAUGGGACUCCACGGAAAUGUAAAUAUGUCUUUUUAGGAGAUUACGUUGAUCGAGGGCCUAACUCUGUUGAAACCAUCACUUUAUUACUACUCUACAAAGUCAUGUUCCCACAGAACAUUGUCCUUCUACGCGGCAACCAUGAAUCCCGAGAGCUGACUGAGACCUAUGGGCUUUAUAAAGAAGUUGUCUCGCGAUAUAAUGCCUGUGAUGUUUGGAAGCUCCUGUGCGAAACCUUUAACUAUUUGCCUCUAGCUUGUCUCGUGGGCAGUCGUAUUUUCUGUGUUCAUGGUGGAAUAUCUCCCUUUGCCCUUACGUUUGAUAAGAUCCUCCGAAUCAACCGCUUUGUAGAAUUACCAUCCAGUGGACCGAUGAGCGAUAUGCUUUGGAGUGAUCCUGGGCCGGGUAGUGGCUGCCAGCCUAGUGAUCGUGGGGCCGGAUACAUCUUUGGCGCCGACAUAGUUCAGAAGUUCCUUUUUCUUAACGAUGUCCAAAUUGUCUGUCGAUCGCACCAGCUAGUUAAUGAAGGCUAUCGUUUUGCUUUUCCCAAUCGUGAGUUAGUAACCGUUUGGAGUGCUCCUAACUAUUGCAAUCGUAUGGGAAACAAAGCAACAGUGCUUAGAAUCGGUAAAAACCUUCGAGUAGAUGAUGAUUGCUUUGUCUUCUUUGAGCAGGCAGUGCGUCCCAACAAAGAGAUCGGCUCAUUGCCUUAUUUCCACUAA